AAAAAAAUAUUAAGUGAUGGGAUGAGUAUAUCUACAACACCCGAAUUUCCACUUGAAGGAUUGUAUGAUAAGUUCAAGAGGUUUAUUGGGUUGGAAAUUGAUCACUCGAAGCUUCAAUAGUGUCAGGGUUAAUAUGAAACAAUAUAGUACUAGUGAAGAAUAUGAAAAAUGGUCAAAGAGACAAUUAAUUGAAAGGAUACGGCAAUUAGAAUCAAUUCCUAAAUCUAAUGAAACUGAUAUUAGUUCAAAUUCUGAUGUUAAUAUACCACCUCCAAAGAAACAAAAAAGAAGAGUAUUUGAUUUUAGUAAAUAUUCUCAAAGAUUUAUAGCGUUAAAGUUUGCCUAUCUUGGAUGGAAUUAUAAUGGUUUAGCAUAUCAAUUUGAAGAUACACCCUUACCUACUGUUGAAGAAACUUUAUUAAAUGCUCUUGCUACAGCUAAAUUAAUUGAAAAUCCUGCUUUAGAUAGUUGUGACUUUAGUAGAUGUGGAAGAACUGAUAAAGGGGUAAGUGCCAUGAGUCAAGUAAUAUCUUUAAAAGUAAGAUCAGCUUUAACAGAAGAUGAACAAUUAUUAAAGGAAAAUGAUCAAAAAGAAAUCAAAUAUUUAUCAAUUCUUAAUUCUAUAUUACCAUCAGACAUUAGAAUCACUUCUAUUUGUUUAAGACCACCAAAAGAUUUCGAUGCUAGAUUUAGUUGUGAAUACAGACAUUAUCGUUACCUUUUUAAAAAAGAUAAUCUUGAUCUUGAAUUAAUGAGUGAAGCAGCAAAGAAGUACGAAGGAGUUCAUGAUUUCCGAAAUUUUUGUAAAAUCGAUGGUUCAAAACAGAUUACUAAUUUCAAUAGAAAUAUUCUUGGAUCUCAAAUAAUACAAUUAAAAGAUGAUCUUUAUGCAUUUGACUUAAAAGGUUCAGCAUUUCUUUGGCAUCAAGUUCGUUGUAUGGUUGCCAUGUUAUUCUUGGUUGCUCAAAAGUUAGAAAAACCAACAUUAAUUGAUGAUAUGUUAAAUAUUGAAAAGUAUCCUGCUAAGCCAGUAUAUGAAAUGGCUCAUGAUAUUCCAUUAGUACUUUAUGAUUGUACAUUUCCUGAAAUGGAAUGGCAAACACCUAGUGAAAUUGAAGAUAUUCAAAAAUUCCAUAGACCUUUCACUAAAUUCAAAGGUCUAGUUACUGAUUAUGAAUUAAAAGCUCAUAUGGCCGGUAUAAUGAGUGAAAUAGUAUUAAAGGAUUCAGAAAAGAUUCUAUUCACUUCUCCUACAUCUGGCAACAUUCCAUUAGGAGAUGGUAUGGGUCGUAACUUUUCUAAAUAUGUUCCAAUGGAUAAGAGAGAAGUUGGUGAUACUUUUGAUAUAGUUAAUGAAAGACAUAAAGAAAAGAGGAAGCGUAAAAUUGCUGCAAAACACAAUUUGUAAAUAGUGUAUUAUACA